AGCGGGACGCGUCCUCCUCGGCUCAGCUGGCGGGGACAUCACUGACUAACAGUGCGCUCUUCCGCGCGUCCAUGUGCGCUCUGAUCGCUGUGACAGAGCAGCGCCUCUAAAGCAGCCCUCGGGUCCAGGGUUCGCCCCUCCUGUCCAGCCCCGAUCUGAGAUGGCAAGAAGAAGGGGGCGGGAAGGUUAGUUUGGAGAGGGCAGAGCUUUGCAAGAGGACGCUGAAUGAUCCAUCAUUUCCCCGCUGAAGAAAAAAAAAAAAGAGAGAGAAAAGAUCCAUACCCAGUGAAUGAUAACAGUUGAGGGAGAAAUCAGUCGGAGUGAACGUCAGAAACUCAUUAACUCCAAGGAAACCAAGCGAGAAGAAACAACAAGAACGCAAUCCUGAUUGCUGCUGGAAGCUCUUCUUUCGACAGAUAUGGCUGCUCCGCUUUGGAAAGCUAACUCACAGUAUUUGGGAUUGUUGGUUCUCUUCAUGCUCGUCAGCCUCCUUCCUGAAGCCAGGGCAGUGGUCGGACACAGAGAGCCGCUGCCUGAUGAUAGCAAAGACAAUAUCACCAUUUUCACCAGAAUCCUGGACAGACUGUUGGAUGGAUAUGACAACAGGCUACGUCCUGGGCUGGGAGAGAGUGUGACAGAAGUGAGGACAAACAUCUAUGUGACAAGUUUCGGGCCGGUCUCCGACACAGAUAUGGAGUACACCAUUGAUGUCUUCUUCCGUCAGAGUUGGAGGGACGAGAGACUCAAGUUUGAUGGACCCAUGCAAGUUCUGCCCCUCAACAACCUCCUGGCCAGUAAGAUCUGGACCCCUGAUACCUUCUUCCACAAUGGAAAGAAAUCUGUGGCCCACAACAUGACUACUCCUAACAAACUGCUCCGACUGGUUGACAACGGCACACUUCUCUACACAAUGAGGUUGACCAUUCAUGCAGAGUGCCCCAUGCACCUGGAGGAUUUCCCGAUGGAUGCACACGCCUGUCCUCUCAAGUUUGGAAGUUACGCCUACACCAAUAAUGAGGUGAUCUACCUGUGGACCCAAGGGGACGAGAGGUCCGUCGCUGUGGCCGAGGACGGUUCCAGGCUUAACCAGUAUGACUUACUGGGACACGUUAUCGGAAAAGAAACCAUCAGUUCCAGCACAGGAGAAUACGUGGUGAUGACAACAUAUUUCCAUUUGAAACGGAAAAUUGGCUAUUUUGUGAUUCAAACCUACCUACCGUGCAUCAUGACUGUCAUACUGUCUCAGGUCUCCUUCUGGCUUAACAGGGAAUCAGUUCCCGCUCGCACGGUCUUCGGGGUCACUACAGUCCUCACCAUGACGACCCUGAGCAUCAGUGCGAGGAACUCCCUGCCCAAGGUGGCAUAUGCCACCGCCAUGGACUGGUUCAUGGCCGUGUGCUAUGCGUUUGUCUUCUCGGCAUUGAUUGAGUUUGCUACAGUCAACUACUUCACCAAGCGCAGCUGGGCAUGGGAUGGGAAAAAAGAGGGCAUGGAAAUGAGGAGGAGAGAAUCCGCCACCUUGUCCAAAAAGGCAAACAACACCUUCAACAUUGUCGGGACCACUUACGCCAUCAACGUAGCCAAAGACCACGGUUUAACGACCAUUUCCAGGAGCGCCGCCGGGGCAUCGGUCAAACACUCUUACCUGCACAGAAUGGACGACCCCUACACGGAGGCCAAGAAGUCCUACAACCGCGUCAGCAAAGUGGACAAGAUCUCGCGCAUCAUUUUCCCCGUCCUGUUCUUCAUUUUCAACUUGGGCUACUGGGCUACGUACGUCAACAGAAAGCCCGCUAUCAUGAAGGCGAACAACCUAAACUGAAUUUCACCUAAUGUUAGGCUCGAUCUGGUCUACUUUGGAGGGUUUGCAGAAGAUCAAGUCCAUCACAUCUUGAUGUGUGUAUGUGUGUGCGUGCAUGUUAUAUGCAUCUGUCUUUUUCUUAAAGCAGCACAAGGGACAUGUUUUCACAUUAAGAUUAUCAGUUUCAAUCUCAGUUGAAGGAGUAUUUGCUUACUUUUAGGAAGCGUCACUUGGCUCUCGAGGUUUCCCGCUGCUACCAUUGGCAAAAACCCUGCAGAGUGACGUUGGACUGCCGUCCCCGUGGGACGACUGCGUGCUACUGUGUCACGCACCAAUGGUGACGAAGGUAGCUCACGGUGGACAUCGUCGCAGAGGUGACUAGGGCUCAAGGAAACUAUUCCAAAACCGAAAAUGUGAGCGUGAACCGAGCAAGAAACCAAAAGAAACUAAGUCUUAAACAGCGUUGCAUGUGGGACUUACCCUCCGCACCAAUAGGGGGACCUCCUGAGCUAAAAAUGUCAAAAGUUCCUUUUUGCUGCUUUAAGUAUUUGAUAUUUUGCACGUCUGUGUAGAUGGAAGGCAAAGUUCAACAUGCAUUAGACUCACAUGUAGCUGUGGACCCUGGAGGAAGCACAUUCUCACAUAUGCCUGGGUUUGUGCAGCGUUUCUACUGUCCCACCCCCCCACCCCCUCCACGCUUAGCUCCGUAAGUAACCGAGUGUUCCUUUUCCAUUUUCUGGGGUAGUCAAACUGUGCCCUCGCUGUGUUUUGACAUGUUUGGGUUUUGCUUUUAGUGCGUUAAAAAUAAACACACGCUUUAAGUUCUCGUUGGAGCUCAUUACCAGAGAUGAGGCGCUGACACAUCCACGAAGCUGACGACGCGUACGCACGCAGAUGCUACAUUAAAUGCUGGCAGAGCCUUUCGCUGGUCGCUUCGCCAUGCUCUGUCGGUUGGGCUGUAUAGAUUUGUGGGAACAUCAUUAAUAAUUGUCGGCGUCUGGCCGUCAGCUCGCGCUGAAUCCCAGCAGUCCCGGUGCGGUCUGGGUCUCUCGGCUGCCUGCGCUCUUUGUAGUCCGCAGGCUCUUAUUGUUUCAACUGGCUGAAUGCGUUCAAUGACAGAAAAGCUAUGUGCCUUGGUAAGUUCACUCAUCACAAAGAAAAUGGCUUGGACGUUCUUACAUUUGCUUUGUACAACACAUAUAUACACGCAGACUCUGUAUACUGCACCAUCGAGCAGCUCAUGGAAGGAAAAAAGGCACAAAGUGUUAAAUUACCCAUCAGUAUGAGGGGUUAACAGACCUCCGCCUGUGAACACAAAGAGAUCCGGUGUACAAUUAUUAUGAGCAUUUCUGUUCUUACAUGGUACAACAAGGUACCGCGUCAUACUGAAUUAUGAACUGCAGAUUUGUGUGUGUACUCCAUAGACAUGUAGAUUACAUUACAUGUUUAAUCAAGCAGUUAUUGUCUUUUCUUACAGUCUUUUGUGAGCAGGAACCUUGAAGCUUUUAUUUCCUCACUGUUCCACAAGUGUCAUAAGCACGAUUUUGAUUCAUGCCAUUCUUAAACCGGUUUUUGUGUGAGGUGUUAUGGUGUUGACCGGAUUGUCUUCAUGCAGUGUGCUGCAUUGGAUUUGUGUUUUGUACUAGACAACAAAAGACAAAAUGUUAGUAACACAGUAUUUUAUGAACAACUGGAGACAAUUGCAAUGCAAAACUUCAACUGGGUGGAGUGCAUAUUGCUUGGAGAUCAUAUGUAUAACAAUUGUGCUGCACACUUAUUCAAUUUUUUUAAAUCGCACAUAUGAUUUUGGAAAAAAAUUGCAUGUAAAUUGGUUUAAUAUUUUGAAAUCACGAAACAGGGAAACCAGAAACUAGGAAACAUCUUCCUCUCUGGAAGAGAUUAGCUUGUUUUGGACUCCAGAUGGUACCGAUCUUGAGGACAGACUGAAGAAAUCCCUCCAAAUUCUUCCUCAAAAGUGACAGAAAACUCACCUUAAACUAACUCAUCUGCUGCAACAGGUCCUUGUUAUUAACUGCAAACCCUAGACGGUUCAAUAUGGCUAUUUUAGAUGGAUAUUUGGGAAAUAUGGCAAGAGAUUCCUCAAAAACGACUCUUUCUGCAGUCUGUUUGGCCAGUGCAGCACAGACCUGAAAUCUGAUUAGCUGUUUUAUUUUAUGUUUGUCAUUGACUUUUAAAGGGCACAAUCUGGA